GCCCAGUUGCUAUUUAAUGCGACAGAUGUUGUUGAAAGAACUGUCUGUAAUCAAACUGUCGUUUUACCUUGCAAUGUGAUUAAUCUAAAGGAGAACAGUACAAAAGUCAUGUUUGUUACGUGGAAAAAACAAGGAAAAAUAAUUUUUUCUUUUGAUGGAGCAAAACAGGAUUUUUUCAGAGACCCAGCGUUUUCAUCAGCUAACUUAGUAUCUCAGGCGGAUUUACCCAAGGGUAUUGCCUCUCUAAUGCUGAACACUUCAGAAGCAGAAGUUGGAAAUUACAGCUGUGAAGUGACAGAAUCAAACAGAGAAGGAGAAACAAAAGUUGAACUUAGAGACCACUCAGUUGUCAGGUGCGGCGAGGAAAUUACCCCAGCACCAGAGGAUAAAUGUGGCUCAUGGUUCAUGCUCGUGGAUACGGCUAUCAUCGUAGCGUUGCUGUUCUUAGUUACUAUUUUGUGUUUGGUUCAGUUGUGUUUUAUUGCAUUAAAAUAUGAAAUCGUAUCUCAGAAGAAAAUGGGCAUUAUUGCAGCAGGUGUCAUCUUCACAAUUGCUGCUGUUGUAGGCACUGUUCUUUUUGUCCAAGAGGGCUAUACUGCACAGAAUCAGGCUGGUCUUGGCCUAAUUGUAGUCCCUGCUGUGAUUUUGGUACCGCUUCAAUACUUCAUGUUUGGAAUUGUUUUUGACACUCUACCGCAAGUAACAUUAGCCCUGAUAGGCUUGCAAGUUCUUGGUUACGUAAUUGCUGUGGUCGGUUUUGCACUGUGCGUCUCAGCCUGUCCUCCGCUACAUGGGUCUGUUCUGAUUGCUGGCUUAGCUAUUAUGGCCAUUUCAAAUUUGCUUAGUCUGGUUUACGUGUUUAUUAUGGGUUCCAGAAUGAAAGAUCAUCCUCGUCCAGGGAAAGCUGUAGAAGAACCACUAAAUGAGCUGCCAAGCAAUGUGAUACGUGAAAAGUACACCGUUCUUGAUACACCGUGGCCUUGA